AUGGCCGCCUCGACCCCUGGCUCUAAGCCCUCACCCUCGCUUGUCACAAACAAGCCUUUCGUACUCGUUCCGCUGUACAUAUACCCGUUCCCGACGGCCUGGGAGCCCCUCUACGUGGCGGUCGACUCCCAUCCCGAGCUGGACUUCCUCGUGGUGGUCAACCCGAAUAGCGGGCCAGGGCCCGAUAUUCUUCCCGAUGCCAACUACAUCGAGGCCUUGGCCAGGCUGACCGCGGCCCCCAACGUCAAGGUCAUUGGCUAUGUCCACUGCAGCUACGGGAAGAGGCUGCUGGACGAGAUCGUGGUCGAGGUGAGCGCGUACCGCGGGUGGACGCACGCCUCAGAGAGCAGAGAGGACGGGAAGACCAUCGUCGUGGACGGCAUCUUCUUUGACGAGGUUCCAUCCAGUACCGUAUUCGUCCAGUACAUGACCUCGCUAUCGAAUGCCACCAAGACCAUCCUCAACCGGAAUCCUGCUCCCGUGGAUGCAGGGUAUGACGCGGACCCAAGUGAUGAGGCGAACGACGUCUCAGCCGAGGAGCUUGACCUGGCAUCGCCAACCUCGACUGCCAGCCCUGCGUCUCCCCGCUCGCGAGAUCCAGCAUCACCAACGGCAUCAAGGCCACCGGCGGGGCCACCGGCGCCACCGCCGCCGGCCAACUCCACCGCCAUUGUCAUCUACAACCCGGGCGUCGUCGUCGACCCCAUUUUCUACCUAGCAGCAGACUACAUCGUCGCUUUUGAGAAUGCCUCGCGGCAAUGGAACGCGCCGGUCGUGACGCAGGGCUUCUCACGCCUGCCGCGGCCCCUGAGGAAAAAGUCGAUCGCCGUGGCACACAGCGCGGCAGGCGGGCCCGUCGAGAUCGGGCAGCUCAGCAGGAAGUGCUAUGAGCUGGGCUGCUCGGGCCAGUUCAUCACCACCAGGCCCGGGUACGAGGAGUGGUGCCCCUCGUGGCCGGAAUUCGUCCAGGAGGUGGCGCGGCGGACAGCCAUCUAG